CUGGGGGCGGGGUGGAGGAAGAGAAGCUGAGGGAGGAGUUGCCUCCGCCACCUAGGACGCUCCCGAUGGUGCCGCUGCUGCCAUCGCCACAGCUACUACUAUUAACUUCUGGUUUAUGAGAUCGGAGUCUGCGCGUGUGGAUCUGUCGCUGCCACUGAGCUCAUUCAGAGAUUUAAGCAUAGGACGGAAAGACCAGGAAUGUGAAGAACUAAAGAUGGAUCCAACUAUGGGUCUGAAUUCUAUUACCAUAUCUGUUGAGGGAAUGACAUGUAGUUCCUGUGUUUGGACCAUUGAACAGAAGAUUGGAGAACUGAAAGGUGUUCAUCACAUUAAAGUUUUGCUGGAAGAAAAGACUGCAUUUAUUAUUUAUGACCCCAAACUGCAAAUACCAAAGAAGCUACAGGAAACUAUUGAUGAUAUGGGCUUCAAUACUAUUAUCUGCAAUCCUAAUCCUCUCCCUGUCUUGACUGACACUAUAUUUCUGACUAGCACUACUCCACUGGCUCCACCAUGGGACCAAAUCCAAAGUACAUUGCUUAAGACCAAGGGUGUAACAGAUAUUAAAAUUUCCUCUCAGCAAAGAACUGCAGUGGUGACAAUAAUCCCUUCCAUCAUAAAUGCCAGUCAAAUAAUAGAACUGGUUCCUGAUCUCAGAUUAGAUACUGGAACUGUGGGAAAAAAGUCUGGAAUUUUUGACAAUUCUGGUACAGCUCAAGCAGGUGAAGUCAUGCUGAAGAUGAAAAUAGAAGGAAUGACCUGCCAUUCAUGCACCAGUACUAUUGAAGGAAAAAUUGGGAAACUGCAAGGUGUUCAGCGUAUUAAAGUCUCCCUGGACAAUCAAGAAGCUACUAUUGUUUACCAACCUCAUCUUAUCACAGUAGAGGAAAUAAUAAAGCAGAUCGAAGCGGUGGGAUUUACAGCAUUCAUCAAAAAGCAGCCCAACUACCUCAAAUUAGGAACUAUUGAUAUAGAACGCCUAAAGAACACACCAGUUAAAUCCUCAGAAAUAUUGCAACAAAAGAGUCCAUCGCAUGCAAGUGAUUCAAAAGUCACCUUCUUCAUUGAUGGCAUGCAUUGUAAAUCAUGUGUAUCAAAUAUUGAAAGUGCUUUAUCUACACUCCAAUAUGUAAGCAGUACUGUAGUUUCCUUAGAGAACAAAUCUGCCACCUUAACAUACAAAGCUAGUUCAAUCACUCCAGAAAUUCUGAAGAAAGCAAUAGAGGCCGUAUCACCAGGUCAAUAUACAGUUAGUAUGGCAAGUGAAACUGAGAAUACCUCAAAAUCUCCCUCCACCUCACCUUUUCAAAAGAUCCCCUUGAACAUUGUUGGUCAGCAGCCUCUGACUCAAGAAACCAUAAUUAAUAUUGGUGGCAUGACUUGUAAUUCUUGUGUGCAAUCCAUUGAGGGUGUCAUAUCAAAAAAGGCAGGUGUAAAAUCCAUUCAAGUCUCCCUUGCAAAUAGCAGUGGAACGGUUGAAUAUGAUCCUCUACUAACUUCUCCAGAAAGUUUGAGAGAAGCAAUAGAAGACAUGGGAUUUGAUGCUAUUUUGCCAGAUGUGAAUGAACCACUGGUAGUAAUAGCUCAACCCUCAUCGGAAAUGUCACCUUUGACAUCAACUAAUAAUUUGUAUACUAAAAUGACGGUACCGAUUCCUGACAAGGAAGAGAAAAAGACUUCAUCUAAAUGCUACAUACAGGUCACUGGUAUGACUUGUGCUUCGUGUGUAGCAAAUAUUGAACGGAAUUUAAGACGAGAAGAAGGAAUAUAUUCUGUACUUGUAGCUCUUAUGGCUGGCAAGGCAGAAGUGAGAUACAACCCUGCUCUUAUACAACCCCCAGUGAUUGCAGAAUUCAUUCGAGAGCUUGGAUUUGGAGCAACUGUGAUAGAGAAUGCUGAGGAAGGCGAUGGUGUUUUGGAACUUGUUGUGAAAGGAAUGACAUGUGCUUCAUGUGUUCAUAAAAUAGAAUCUACUCUAACAAAACUGAGAGGGAUAUUCUACUGUUCUGUGGCCCUAGCAACCAACAAAGCACAUAUUAAAUAUGAUCCAGAAAUUGUUGGUCCCAGAGAUGUUAUUCACGCAAUUCAAAGUUUGGGAUUUGAAGCUUCUUUGGUUAGGAAGGAUCGGUCUGCAAGUCACCUAGACCAUAAACGAGAGAUAAGACAAUGGAGAAGAUCCUUUCUUGUGAGCCUCUUUUUCUGUAUUCCUGUAAUGGGGCUGAUGAUAUAUAUGAUGGUUAUGGACCACAACUUUGAAAUUCUUCAUCUUAAUCAAAACAUGACUCAAGAAGAGAUGAUCAGCAUUCAUUCUUCAAUGUUCCUGGACCACCAGAUCCUGCCAGGAUUGUCCAUUAUGAAUUUACUUUCCUUUCUGUUGUGUGUCCCUGUACAGUUUUUUGGAGGCUGGUACUUCUACAUUCAGGCCUACAAAGCUCUGAAGCAUAAAACUGCAAACAUGGAUGUGCUUAUCGUGCUGGCAACCACCAUCGCAUUUGCCUACUCUUUGGUUAUUCUUCUGGUUGCACUAUAUGAGAGAGCCAAAGUCAACCCAAUUACUUUCUUUGACACACCUCCUAUGCUAUUUGUUUUUAUUGCAUUAGGCCGGUGGCUAGAACAUAUAGCAAAGGGCAAAACAUCAGAAGCUCUUGCCAAGCUAAUUUCACUGCAAGCUACAGAAGCAACUAUUGUAACUCUUGACUCUGAUAAUAUCCUUUUGAGUGAAGCUCAAAUAGAUGUGGAACUUGUACAGCGUGGAGACAUCAUUAAAGUGAUUCCAGGGGGGAAAUUUCCAGUGGAUGGUCGUGUUAUUGAAGGGCAUUCUAUGGUAGAUGAAUCCCUCAUCACAGGGGAGGCAAUGCCUGUGGCUAAAAAACCUGGCAGCACAGUGAUUGCAGGUUCCAUAAACCAGAAUGGAUCAUUGCUUAUCUGUGCAACCCAUGUUGGAGCCGACACAACCCUUUCUCAAAUUGUCAAACUGGUGGAGGAGGCACAAACAUCAAAGGCUCCAAUCCAGCAGUUUGCGGACAAGCUUAGUGGCUACUUUGUUCCUUUUAUUGUUAUUGUUUCCAUUACUACCCUCUUGGUUUGGAUUAUAAUUGGAUUUCUGAAUUUUGAGAUUGUGGAAACCUAUUUUCCUGGCUACAACAGAAGUAUCUCCCGGACAGAAACCAUUAUACGCUUUGCUUUCCAAGCCUCUAUCACAGUUCUGUGUAUUGCAUGCCCCUGUUCACUGGGACUAGCCACUCCAACGGCAGUAAUGGUGGGUACAGGAGUUGGCGCUCAAAAUGGCAUAUUAAUCAAAGGUGGUGAACCUCUGGAGAUGGCUCAUAAGGUGAAGGUAGUGGUAUUUGAUAAAACUGGAACCAUUACCCAUGGAACCCCAGUGGUGAAUCAAGUAAAAGUUCUAGUUGAAAGUAACAGAAUAUCACGCAGUAAGAUCCUGGCCAUUGUAGGAACUGCUGAAAGUAACAGUGAACAUCCUCUAGGAACAGCUAUAACCAAAUACUGCAAGAAGGUGCUGGACACUGAAACUUUGGGUACCUGCGUAGAUUUUCAGGUUGUGCCAGGCUGUGGUAUUAGCUGCAAAGUCACCAAUGUUGAAGGCUUGCUGCAUAAAAAUAACUGGCAAAUAGAAGAAGAUAAUAUUGAAAAUGUAUCCCUACUUCAAAUUGAUGCAAGUAAUGAGCAAUCAUCAACUUCAUCUCCCAUUAUUGUUGAUGCCCAGCUCUCAAAUGGUGGUAAUACCCAAUACUACAAAGUCCUUAUUGGUAAUCGAGAGUGGAUGAUAAGAAAUGGUUUUGUCAUUAAUAACAGUAUUGAUGGUUUUAUGACUGAACAUGAGAGAAAAGGUCGGACAGCUGUAUUGGUGGCAGUUGAUGAUGAGCUGUGCGGCUUGAUAGCUAUUGCUGAUACUGUGAAGCCUGAGGCAGAAUUAGCUGUCCGCAUUCUGAAAUCCAUGGGCAUAGAAGUAGUUCUGAUGACUGGAGAUAACAGUAAAACAGCCAGAUCUAUUGCUUCUCAGGUUGGCAUUACAAAAGUGUUUGCUGAAGUUCUACCUUCCCACAAGGUUGCUAAGGUGAAACAACUUCAAGAAGAGGGGAAAUGGGUAGCAAUGGUAGGAGAUGGAAUUAACGACUCCCCAGCUUUGGCAAUGGCUAAUGUUGGAAUUGCUAUCGGCACAGGGACAGAUGUAGCUAUUGAAGCCGCUGAUGUAGUUUUGAUAAGAAAUGAUCUUCUGGAUGUAGUGGCAAGUAUUGACUUAUCAAGAAAAACCGUCAAGAGGAUUCGUAUAAAUUUUGUCUUUGCUUUAAUUUAUAAUCUUCUGGGAAUUCCUAUAGCUGCUGGAAUUUUUAUGCCUAUUGGUCUCAUUUUGCAACCCUGGAUGGGGUCUGCUGCAAUGGCUGCUUCAUCUGUUUCAGUAGUACUUUCUUCUCUCUUCCUUAAGCUUUACAGGAGACCAACUUAUGAGAAUUACGAAUUGCGUUCCUGGAGCCAGAUGGGACCGAAAAGUCCUUCAGAAAUUAGUGUUCAUGUUGGAAUUGAUGAUACCUCAAAAAAUUCUCCUAAACUGAGUUUGCUGGAUAGAAUUGUUAAUUACAGCAGAGCCUCCAUAAAUUCACUACUGUCUGACAAGCACUCCUUAAACAGCGUGACUACAAGUGAACCUGACAAGCACUCUCUCCUGGUGGGAAACUUCAGGGAAGAUGAUGACACUGCAUUGUAACAGACCAUCAGAGAAAGUGCUACUAAGUUGUUACGCACUAACAUGGCACUUAUAACAUCAUUCAAGCUUUUCAAAAUAAUUGGUGGAAGUAUUUUAUGUUGGCCUCAUACUUGUGUAUUAGGGAAUCGAUAUGAGUUUCUUUUGUAUAAUGGCAAAACUCUUUUUCAGAGCACUAGCUCUGGACAUAGCUUUAUUUAAAUUCACUUUCCAAUUUUUUUUUUUCAGUAGCAGCAGCCAAAGUAGGUCAGUGAAGUUUAUAAAUCUUAUAAUAGAAGAUUGCUGAAUUGUUGCUAAAGUGCUCAAUAUCCUUUUACAUGACAAAAGAAACUUAAUGCAGGAGAUAAUUAAGGGUAUGAAAAUUUAAGAGUAUAUCCCUGCGGAAAAAAAAAUUGAGUCCUUUUCUCUGUUAUAUCAGGGAGCAGUGGCAUUCAGAAAGUGUACGAAGCAUCUAUCUUGAGAAGGAAAACAGAAUGCUUAAAAAUAAAUGUGCCUUAUUUGUUACAGUCUUUCUUGUUCCUUGCUUGUUCGUGUAUCUUUGUCAUUGCACUUGAUUUCUUAUAUGCUCUUGUAUGUUUUCCUUUUCCAAUUUAGAUAGCACUUUGUUGAGGAAAUGUUUGUUAUCUUCCUUCACAUGAGUCAAGUUUAGGUGUUUUUUUCCACUGAUAAAAUAACUGGCAAGUUUCCAAUUUCCUUGUUCCUUCAUCUUAUAGCUCAAAAGACCUUACAGGUCAUAGUGUUUCCUACUUCCCAUAUUCCUAUUGAUAUAUAUAUAUAUAUAUCAAGUCUCCCUUAAAUGACUCCUUACCUCAAUUUAUUCUAGCUAAGUUAAACUAUAAGUUAUUCUCAAUGUAGUCUGUCAGCUUCAGUUCAGAAACUUAGAUUUUGAGCUUCCUCCAUGAUGGAUCUUUUUUAAAAGAUCAACACUAUUACCUUUAACAUAUAUGUAUCAUGUAAAAUGACCUAGAUGCACUGAAUUUGUUUUCUGGGGGAUAUAACAAUAUUUUUAUCCGGUAUAUAAUUUAAUAGAUUUUCAUUACCUUUUGUUUUAGAUAGCCUGUUGAAAUGACUUUGAAUAAUGCUAUUGUGUGGACUGCUUUUACCAAAAAUACAAUGAAUUACAAUACAGAAAUAAGAAUUUACAUAAAUUGUUAUACCUUUUAACCAAAUCUAUAUUCUGGUUUGAACUCUACUCUUAUUUAAAACUAAUGUGGUUGGAAAAUUUUGAGGCUUGUUCUCAUUGUCAUAUAAGUUCAGAAAUUCUCCUUUGAGUGCCUGGGGCUUAGUACACGGGUCAGAAAUUCUGUACUUGCACCACACACAAUUUUUUUUUAUUUGUCACCAGUGUUAUUGCAUGCAUGAUGAAUCCACCUCUCCCAGUGGCCUUUUUUUUUUUUUUCUAAUUUAUUUGAUAGGACAGAGAGAAAUUGAGAGGUGAGGGGGACAUAGAGAGGGAAAGAGAAAGAGAAGCACUUGCAGCACUGAUUCAUCUUGUAAGAAGCCUCCUCCAUGCAUGUGGGGACUUGGGGCUUGAACCCAGGUCCUCACACAUGGUAAUGUGGUAAUGUGUACACUCAACUGAGUGUACCACUGUCUGACUCCCUCACUAAAAUUUUCUUGAGAACUGCAAGUGAAUUACAUGUUUAGAAUAUACAAAGAAAGAAAACAAUUAAAUUCCUAAUAUUUUGUUCUUAUUCCCAUGUGUAAAGUUGUGAGGACACUACUUAGCACUCAGUAAUUAUUCUUAGUAUAUAUUCCUUAACUUUCCCCUUCAAGUGCCGUGAUAACUAUUCAAUUUUAAAAGCAGAGUUGAAAAUCAGGUGGAAGUGAAGAAUGAAAUUAUUUCCUAGAGUCAUCUUUUACUCCCUCAUAUACACACGAAAAAGGAUACAUUAUUACAUGCUGAGUGCCCAUAUUUGGAAAAUACAUAAUUUUAUCUCAGUUAUCUUAAGGAGUGAACUGAAACAUUGAUAAAGGUGCUAAUAAUCUAGAAAUGCAAGCCCAUUUUAAUGAAAUAUGAAUGAAUUUGUGUCUUGACUCUUUUAUAGACCAAUUUAUAUUUUCAAAAAUUUGAAAAAUCAAAUUUCCAGUUUGGAUUUUUUAAGCUUAAUUUAUUAUUAGAUAGAGAUUGAGAGGAGAGGGAGAGAGACAGAGAGACACCUGCAGCCCUGAAGCUUUCAUGAAGCUUUCCCCCUGCAGGUGGGAACCGGGGGCUUGAACCCAGGUCCUUGUGCACUGUAGCUUGUACGCUCAACCAGGUGUACCACCACCUGGCCCCUCCAGUUUGGAUUCUAAUAGCUAUUUUGUUUCCUUUCUCCCCCCUUUUUCUUUCCCCUUUUGCCUGACCACCUUAAAGGUCAGGCAUAUGGUGGUGCUGGGAAUUGAACUUGGGACUUUUGGUGCCUCAGGUUUGAAAGACAUUUUAUAUAAUCACUAUACUAUCUCUCCCUAGCCCAACAUCUGCCUCUUAUUUAAGUUUCAGUGGCCCAUCAUACUACAAUUUAUUUCUUCUGGAAGAAAUAGCUAGUAUGACAAAUGUAUAAUUGACUUGAAAAAAGAAGCACCUCUCACCCUCUCUUACUCUCAUUAAACACUUGAUCAAAUUAAAUUUUUACUUUAAUUAUUAUUUGUGCAUUUGAGUCAUACUCUUGGCCCUGCAUGGUUAGGGACCUAGAUAUCAUAGGACAAUGCAGAGAAGAGCCUAUAGUCUACAAAUAGUCAAGGAUAUCAUGUCAACCCUUACUACAACAAAGACUCCAGCUUUAAAUAUCAGUUAUCACAUUUGAAUUCUCUACAAGUCUCUUGCAAUACUGAAUUCCUGUUAGCUUCAUAGAACAAUAUUAUUUACAGGAGAGAGAAGUGAUAUGUGGAGGAGAACAAAAAUCUUACCAUCAGUUAGUGACUGGCUUUAAGUAACUAAUGAGAACAAAUUUUAUAUGUGUGUGUGUCAUUGUGCAUAUUCAUAUGCUUACAUAUACAUGUUUAUUUAUACAUAUACCAUAUUGAAGAAAUUUUAUAUUUGGAUAUUUGAUCUUCUUUAUUUGUUGUUCUUUUAUCACUCUUCUGUAUUCACUUAGCAACAAUACUUUCAGACUGAAGAUGACAAGAAUAUUUUGAAUAUCAAUGCUGGUUAAGAUUCCACUUUAGAAAAAGUUGGAUCUUAAAUAUCCAGAUGCCUUUUGGAUUUCAAUGGUUAAACUGCAACUAGACUAGUGUUGUAGUCUAAAGAAGUGUGGUUGUCAGUUGUGAAAAUAGAAAUGCUAUUUUUCCCAGUUUACUGUCAGCAUUUUAUUGUUAAAAUAGAUGCCACAUGAACAAAUACUUCUAUAUAUUGUGCUUUAAUUUUUUGAAAGUUAUAUUUUGAGUGUAUUCUCAAGAUUUCUUAUAAUAGCAUUAUGAAUAAGACAUUUCCAAAAAUGUAAGUGAGUAUAUCUUUUUCUGUGAACAAGCUGAAAUCAGGAGGUUUUAGAGAAUUUGUUCCCAUUACUUAUGGACCUUGCUUUAAAAUUAUUUUUCUUAAUAUAUAUUUUACUCUAUUUUGUUAUGUUCUUUGGGUGAGGCAUCUGGUUACUGGUUAUUUAAAUAAAAAUAAAACCAUUCCUGAACUCACUUCCUUUGGACUUUUUUGUUUCUUACUUUUCUAUAUUAAAAUAUUACUUUACCAAAUAUUAAAAAGAAAUUCAUGGCAAAUUAUUAGUUAUUUUACACUAAUAAUCCCAGUUGGAAGUUUAUCUGGUGUGAGUAACCAGGUAAAACACUAAGACCUGAAUUCCUGUUUUCUGUUGAUAAUGAAUGCCUCAUGUAGCCAAAACCAGGCGUCUCAACCUUAUGCUUUAAGUUGAAGAAAUGUUUAACCAAAUAUUGUUUCAUACUCAAAACAGUAGGGAACAAUAUUGUGUAAUAAUUAUCUACUUUAUUUGAGAUAUUCAGUUGUUUGUUUUUCCUCAAGCAUGCAAUUGAUCAUAUUUCUGCCAAGGAUGUGCCUUCAACUUUAUAAUACUAUUUAAAAAAAGGUUAUUAUGGCCAUUGUUUCUUUUAUUAAAGUAUUGAACGCCCUACAA